GUCGGCGGCGUCGGGGGCGGUGCGACUUUUAUAUGUCGCACGCGUUUAGCCUUUAGUUAUCGCGUCGAUAGCGUCGAGCCGGUGUCGCGCCGCGAACGACUGCGAUCACUGCGGCUGAGAAGCAGGGUGGUGCUUUGGAGCUUGCCCACUGCGCCCGGUGAGCGUUCAAAGAUCCGAAAUUUUCAAGCAGCGCUGCUGCAAGUGCGAGUUUCUUCGCACGUAUCGUAGCCAGCCAGCGCGUACAGCUCGAGCG